AGACUUCAAUAUAGAAGCGCACACUAGCCCCAAGCGACUUCGUCGCUCUAAUUUUGGAUUUUGAUGGAUGUUGCCUUAAAAAGGGGAUUGAGAGCCAUUGAGGAUACUAAAACUGGAAAACGACGUCACCCGCCGCGGAACAACAGGCAUCAGGCGGGGCGGGGAGCUUCACCACGUUAUUGCAUGCCAAGAGGGCGUGGCAGCGGUUCCAUGGAGAACCCAUCUCAAUGUGUCAGCUCCUCGAGUCUAGAGAUUUCUCCUGUAUUUAUUAUCGCCGCAAGCUAUAUCCAAAAUCAAUUCUCCCCAAUAUUUCUUCUUUUUAAAUAAAUAAUAAAUAGGACAAUAGGUGAACAAGUAAUUGCAUCUAUAGAGUAAGCAAUAGUUGGCAAGAGAAGUAGCACAUCACCGCCAGCAACACUGAAAGGAACGGAACAGCCUUCCGGUUGAAGAUCUACUCACUUCUCCCUGCACCACGCUCCUCCUGACCACCAUCGCCAUUUAAUUUACAUAUUGUCUUUGAGACCUGUUGGUUGAAAGAGAAGCAAUCAUGAGUUUCGUCUUCCGAGGGAGUAGAGGAGACAUGGAAAGUGGAUUUUCAGAAUAUGUUCCCGAAAGAACCACGAUGCGUGUUCACCCGGCCCGGCCAGUAAAUAGCAAUACUCUAGCUUUUCUUAUAACAGUUAUCUUGCUAUUUAUGAUAUUGAACUCUCCCCAAAUGUCACAUUUUUUGAUGUGGCUCAUGCUGGUUGUGUUUGUGAUGGCCACAAGCCUGAGGAUGUAUGCAACUUGGCAACAACUUCAAGCUCAAGCAAGGGCUCAUGCUGCAGCAGCUGAAUUACAACUUCAUGUGCCACAAUCAAUAGCAAUUGCAACUAGAGGACGCUUGCAAGGACUGAGACUUCAGCUUGCACUUCUUGACCGUGAAUUUGAUGAGCUUGACUAUGAAACAUUGAGGGCUCUGGACUCUGACACCGGUUCUAGUGCUACUUCAAUGACUGAUGAAGAGAUAAAUGCCUUACCUGUUCACAAAUAUAAAGUUCCUGUCCCAACAAAGGAUGGCUCAGCUGGGUUGGCAUCCUCUUCAUGUUCAACUGAGGAUAAUGGAGGAACAGAGGGAAAUGUGAAUGGCUCAGAAGAUGAACUAACAUGUACUAUAUGUUUGGAACAAGUUAAGGGAGGGGAACUAGUUCGUAGCUUGCCAUGCUUGCAUCAGUUUCAUAUGAACUGCAUCGAUCCGUGGCUGCGACAUCAAGCAAAAUGCCCUGUGUGUAAAUUUAGGAUGGGGUCGGGAUCUCAGGGAAACAGGGGGCAGAGUGGGUCUGAAGGCUUAGAUAUUGUGUAGCAUUCUUCAAAUGCGUGGUAUAAACUUGUGGAUGUGUACGUACCAUUGUAUUUCGUGUUUAGAUGAAGAAUGAAAUGUGUGUAUCCCUUCGUAAUUCGCAUGAUAAGAAGGUAUUUGAUUGA